AUGGGGUUUCUCUAUCAUCUGGCAUACUAUGCGCAACACACGUACCUCUAUAUCGGGCUGAGAAUUAGAUACGACGAAGAGAAAGACAGCGCCAUACGUAUCGUCGGCCUUUACACUUUCACUUCCACAUUGGUCGGGCUCUUCUUCGGUGUCAUCAUCAGCAUAACCCGAGACCUCAGGUGGUAUCUUCGUUUUGGUGCGAUAUUCUACCUUGUCUCCUUCGUGGUCCAGUACACUCGCCCGAGCGGCGUAGAUAAUAUCAGUCAUCUCGCUGUCACCUCAUCUCAAUUACUUUUGGGCAUCGCUGGCGGGCUUUUCCCGUUUCCAGCCAUGGCCUUCGUUCAAGGAGCGCGAGACCACACGCAACUGUCUACACUCAUCGGCGCCUACAUGACGGCGUGCCGAAUUGGAGGUGGUAUCGGGCAAUUGCUUGCCGGCGCGAUCUGGACAAACGCACUGCGACCUAGGCUUCACGAAUAUCUCGGACAAAUGAUGACUGAUUUUCAGAUCGAAAUGGUAUACGCCAAUCCCGGGGAUGUCGACGCACCCUCAGGUUCACCACUCCGCAUGGCCAUUGUAGGAGCCUUUGUCGAAAGUCACCGCUAUCUAUGCGCUGUUGGCAUCGUCGCAUCAACGCUCUUGAUCAUACUGGCUUUCCUGAUACGAGAUGCAUCACUUGAAGUACCACAGGACGAUGAAGGAACGGAACUCGGGUCACUUUCCCCGGAAAGUACGCAGCACAAAGCAGCGUUGGAGACAGCGACGCCGCGCCCGCUUCGUCCCAGCCGCUUUCCGAUACUCAUGUGA